UUCGUCAAGCAAGUUCUCAGUAUCAAAGUUAGUGGAAGUGUGGAUUGAGCUGCGCUUUCUGGUUGGGUUUCUGUGCGGGGCGUAGGCUCUUGUGAAGUUGAGAAGUCCCUGAACUCUCAUCGCAACUUCUUAAGAAAACGAAUCACAUUGUCUGGUAUGAAAACUAUGAUUGAAGUGGGCUCGUGUUCCCUCAGAGGCUUUGUUGAGCUGACAGACAGUAGCUACAGUAUUCACAGAAGAUAACAGCAACCAAUUGAGAUUAUGUUCAUCUGUUGAAGACCAGUCGCUUCCAGCUGCCAUCAUGUCAGCAGACCGCGACCCGAAUCCUCCACAGCUUAUGAAUCCUCCGCCUCCUGAGGUGACCAACCCCAACAAGCCAGGCCGGAGGACUAACCAGCUGCAGUUUAUGCAGAAUGUAGUGAUCAAAUCCCUCUGGCGGCACCAGUUCGCCUGGCCUUUUUACCAGCCUGUUGAUGCAGUUGCCCUUGGACUAUCAGAUUAUCACACCAUAAUAACAUCCCCCAUGGACUUGGGAACCAUCAAGAAACGGCUAGAGAACAACUACUAUUGGAGUGCAAGUGAAUGUAUGCAAGACUUCAACGCCAUGUUCACCAACUGCUACAUAUAUAACAAGCCCACAGAUGACAUAGUCCUGAUGGCCCUCGCCUUGGAAAAGGUUUUCUUGCAAAAAGUUACCCAGAUGCCGCAGAGCGAAGUUGAGAUUCUUCCUGCAGCCAAAGGGAAGGGCAAAAAAAGUAGCAUUCCAGGUGGGCAAAAUGGAACUGCAACCACAUGUUCUUCACCUACAACACCCACAUCUCAGCCAAGCCUCAGCUACACGUCUUCCAGCCCGUCCUCAAUGCCCAAACAACCAUCACAGACCCCCAUAAAAAAGAAAGGGCUGAAGCGGAAGGACGACUCCUCCAGUUUGGGUGAUUUAUCAGAGAGCAGGAGGAGACGGGGAAGCGCAGGCCGAGCCAAUAAUCCCUCUGACUUUGAAGAAACGGAGUUGCCACAACAGAAAAGUGAACAGGGCAGACUGAGCGAACAGCUCAAGUACUGCAAUGACAUCCUGAAAGAAAUGCUGUCUAAGAAGCACGCAGCCUACGCCUGGCCGUUCUACAAGCCCGUCGACGCUGAAGCCCUGCAGCUACACGAUUACCAUGACAUCAUCAAAUACCCCAUGGAUCUCAGCACUGUUGAAAAAAAGAUGGAAGGAGGAGAGUACCAGGACGCACAAGGCUUCGCUGCAGACGUUCGGUUGAUUUUUUCUAAUUGCUACAAAUACAACCCUCCACAUCAUGAUGUUGUCACCAAAGCCAGAAAACUUCAGGGUGUGUUCGAGAAGAGGUUUGCGAAGAUGCCAGACGAGCCGGUGGAGUUGAUUUCACUAAUGAGUGCCGUUAAGAGUGCAGGUUUUAGUGGGAUUAGUGCCAACAGCUCUUCCAACUUGGACAAAUCAGACUCUGCAGAGGAGCGUGCCACCCGCCUUGCUGAGUUGCAAGAACAGGUGGGUGCAGAACAGCUUAAAGCAGUUCAUGAACAGCUCGCUGCCCUCUCUGAAGUCCCUGUGAUUAAACCAAAGAAGAAAAAAGACAAGGACAAGAAAGAGGACAGCUGUCAAAAUAAAAGCAGUACAAAUUCCAGCUCCAGGCAGUUGUGGAAGAGAAGCAAAGACACGGAUGAUACAGAUGAUGAGUCUCUGCCGAUGACAUACGACGAGAAGCACCAGCUGAGCCUGGACAUUAACCGGUUACCUGGCGGCAAGCUGGGCCGGGUGGUGCACAUCAUUCAGACUCGAGAGCCCUCGAUGUGUGACACCAACCCAGAGGAGAUCGAGAUCGACUUUGAGAUACUGAAGCCGUCCACUCUGCGGGAGCUGGAGCAAUACGUGAAGUCUUGUCUGAAUAAGAAGUUUAAGUCAUUUCAAAAGAAAAGCAGUCAGGCUGCGCCUCAUCAUGUCAGCUGCAGCAGUUCUUCAGAUUCUGCCACCAGCAGCUCCACCGACUCCAGUUCAGAAAACAGUGACUCGUGACGACUGUAAAGUUUCUAUUUAUUGCUUCUUUAGUUACCAAAAGAGAGUUCUUAAAAACUGUUAAACAUGCUUAUUUUUGUAUUUUGCUAUGUGUUCAAUAUGUGAAAAAUUAAACUUCCCUCACACAGUCUUUGUUGUCACUGUUGGCUUUUCUCACUCCUUCUUCUCUCUAAAUCGCAAUAUCCGCCACUGGAGUUUGUUAUCAGACAUUAUAAAUUGUUCACAACAUAGCUGGAUGGCAUGCGGCUGGGCAAGGGCGCAUUUCAUAACAUCUGAGGUUCAACCAAUAUCCUGUCUGUGUCAUUCAUUUUUUGUCCAUACAGUUUAAUUAUAGCAUAGGCCUUUUUCAAAUGCAUCAUAGAAAUGCAAUGUGAUACUCUUAAACAUCCAAUUGUUGCCCUAGACAGCUCUCGAUAGCACCUGUUUGAGUUGUGAGUAGGACCAUGUAAUAAUAGAUGAUCUCAGUAUGUAUAAGAAGAAGAUAAUUUCUACCGUAGCACAUGAUUAUAAACAGAAAGAUAAAGGAUUAUGUUGAAAAGAACAAAGGACCUCAAGCAAGCUGCAAGUUUAUGAAGUGGAUAUUGAUGGUUUUAUGGUGUUUGGAAUUCUGACACAUUUUCUAAAAAUUAGUUAUCCCUAAUUGGAGGAGUUCUUUAACUAUCUAGCGCUGGUCUGAAUGGGGGGAAAAUGCAUGUAUGUUUUUUGUUUGUUAGCAUUUGUAAGCAGCAUACAUAUCUGAUAAAUAGUUUCUAACACACUAUAAUGUAUUAUAGCCGUCAGCAGAUAUAUGGUCUUUUUGUUGUUGUUGUUUUUAUUGAUGUAAUUGUCAACAGCUUCAACUCUUUCUGUGAAGUAGCCAAUCUUUCCUGAGUUGGCUGGUCAUGUUGCCUGUUUCAUAGUGAACGUGCUCUAGAAAUUUAAAUUCUGUCAGUGAAUGUUUAUUUGUCACUCCAGUCAAAAAAGGUAGCAUUGAAAUAGUACGACUCCGUGCCUUUUUGUGUUUUAACAGUCACUGUGAUCUCCAGCAUGACAGAUGUUUUGUUGGGCUUCUUUCUCAACAAUUUUCCAAGUGGCAGGUAUUAAGGGAAGUUUAAGGUAUACUUCCCUCAAAAAAUGUGCCUAAUAGAUGCGACUUUCGCUAAGCCAUUGGCUUACAUUAAAAUGUUUGCUUAUCAGUUGUAACUCUUUGCAGGUCUGUCUUGCUCCGCUAUGAAAAUAAGACUCUAUAAUGAAGAAUGCUGUGUUCUGUUUAGCACUUGAUGCUCAAAGCAGUUAAUGUUCAACCUAAAAUUUUUUACAUCUAAAAUGUUUAUUUUGUUAUAUUUCUUGAUCACUGUUGUCCGUGCUUAUUGUUCCAAACAGUCAAUAAACGGUUUAACAAUU